UUUCAUUUCACAGUCCUUGUGUUGUGGUUUUGGAAAUUUUGUAUAUUCCUUUUAUUUUUAGCGUUUCUGUUAUGUUUUAUAAAACAAAAAUAAUUUCUUCAACUCUUGAAGAAUAAUACUCAAAUUUUCUCUAUUUAAAAACGUAAUUAAUCUAAUAAUGGAAGCAGAUUCAACUACAUACGACGAAAAUUCUAAGGGAUUUUUAUCAGACGUUUUUCCCUUUUCGACUAGUCCAGGGAAUUUGAAACUUUACAUGAAUUUGACAUGUAAAACUAGCGAUAAACAUUUUGAAAGCCAAAUAGUGGAGAAGUUGCAAGUUUUUGGUCUUUUGCCUCAAACGGUUGUAUGUCCAACUGGAAAUCCAGAAUGCCGUCUUAUUUGCAAAACAGCUCGAGUUAUUGAUAGAGUGCAGUGGCUAUGUGAAGGCUGUGGAAAGAGACAGCCAAUCCGUUCGGGUUCAUUCUUCCUUCGGCUUCAAUGUUCCCUUCUACAGGCCCUACAAAUUAUAUUGGCUUGGAGUGAGGACGCUGAUUCUUCCAUAGUUGCAGAGCACUUUGGUGUGAAACCAAAAGUAGUAAACUUUAUAUAUGAUAAACUGGAUGAUUUGGCAACAGAAGAACACAAAAAGCUAAAACUUGGAGGUGGAAAUUCCGUAGUACUGGCUGAGAUGUAUCCCGAUUGCUUGAAUCGCCUCUCUCCUGAUACAACUGAUCAGCCCCAUGUGCAUAGGAUAUUAAUGCUAGCUGAUACAAAACAUAUUCCAACUGCCUACAAACUACAUGUUAUUCAGGUUGACAUGAAAAAACAUUUGGCCGGGUCUUUGGAUAACCAGCCACUACGCCAAGAGGUCCAGAAAGUGGUAUCAAGUACAACCGAGUCGGACUCCAUAUUGGUGAUCGGUAACGAUGUGCCUAUAUUGGAGGGAGCCGUCACAAUACAACAGCUGGCGCAGCAGUGCGAUAUAGAAAUGCAACAUUUUUUGACUUCAAGAAUAUGGCGACAAGCAGUAACAUUGUGCAGUGCAUCACGCGACUUAUGUCUGGAUAGUUCCCCUUUAGUGUGCGCAAACGCAGUCCAAAGGUAUUUGGAUGCUUCUCUCUACCGUUUGAGGUAUGGCGACGGCUUCUACGCUCACAUACUUAGCGUAAUUGCUAGGAGGUUCACAGCUUGAUAACAAGCGGUAAUAAUAGCUUGUGAUAUCAAAUAGCCGUCCUCAGAAACGCCAAAUUAAACUAAGGCUCAUUAAGUCACACAGAAACUGCGUUCGUUGAUUGCGUCUGAGUAAUCUUUUUAGUCUGAUUCAUUUGUUUAUUACAUCUAGAGUAAAUCUGAAGCGUUCGGUAAUCCAGCUCAGAUCAGUCCGAUGUUAGGCGUUUGAUAUCCACCAAUCAAAUUCGUUAUGUGGACCAACGAAUUUGAUAGCAUAGCAUUGGUGGAAACGGGUUUAACUAAGCUAUGUUUUUUAUAUGGAUGUAUGCGUGCUAUGGAUGCGUGCUUUGGAUGCGGUCUAUGAUGGCCGCGAGUGGUGUAGCUAUAUCAAGAGAAAAGUGCCCGUAUUACACAAUGACAACUAAAUGUUGAUCUUUACUUGAGUACAGUUAGAAAGGGAUAUCGCUAUGUGCUAUAUAUAGACUAGAUCAAUCACUGAAAAUCGUUCUAUAAUUCGGGCCUAAGUCUCGUAGUUAUCUGUGUGUCAUAUAUUUGUCUUUCUAUGCUACUCGGAAAGAUGUGGGUUCGAAUCCCGUUUGAAACCAUAACAAUAUUAUAAUAUUGUUAUAUUUUUAAGCAUUUAGCUGCUAGAUGUUUAAAUCUAAAGAAAAUUUUAGUAGAAAAUAUUCCACGCGGACCAGGCAGGGUGCUGAUUCGAAGAACCCCCCGCCUGCUGGCUGAUUCGCGUGGUUUUUUUUCUAGUAAAAUUUUCUUUAGAUAAUAAUAUUGGUUGUUAUUUUACUAUGAGAAAGAAAGUAAUAAAUCAGGUAUUAUUAUUUUAACUAGUAAUUAAGACCAAUAUUGGUGUCGAUUCUGACAUAAUUAUCUAAACCUAAAUUUAAAUUUGACAACAGUGUAUCCUUGU